UCUCUCUCUCUCUCUCUCUCUCUCUCUCUCUUUCCAAAAACCAUUUCUCCCUCUCUCUCUCUCUCUCUCUCUCUCCUCCUACCUAAAAGCAAGCACUCACAAUUUAACAAUCAAAUCUCACCCUUCUUCAUUUGCCGCCCGCCUCAGCCCCAUCUCUCUCCCUCCCUCUCUUUACGCAACGAAUCUGAGAUCUGAAGGUGAACUUCAGUCUCUCAGAUCUCUCUAAUCUCGCUUCCGACACCAAAUCUGAGACCUUUAAAGGUUGCUUCUUAGCUUUCAAUCGCUUGGUUAUUCAUUGAUCUCUGCCAAUCAUGUGGAGGUUCAAACCAUUUGGGCACAAAGAGCAAACUGGUCUUGAAGGCCGCACCAUUGACAUUGGCAAUUUGAAAAUCCAUGUCCGCAAUGCCAUUGCUGAGGGUGGAUUCUCUUGUGUUUACUUGGCUCGGGAUGCAAUACACGGUUCAAAGCAGUAUGCCUUAAAGCACAUUAUAUGUAAUGACGAGGAAUCUCUGGAAGUUGUGAAGAAAGAAAUAUCUGUGAUGAAAUCUCUAAGGGGGCACCCUAAUGUUGUCAUGCUUUGUGCCCAUGCUAUCUUUGAUAUGGGGCGGACAAAGGAGGCACUCCUUGUGAUGGAACAUUGUGAGAAGUCCCUGGUCAACAUGCUGGAGAGUAGGGGAGCUGGAUAUUUUGAGGAGAAGCAAAUCGUUGUGAUAUUUAGGGAUGUCUGUAAUGCAGUCUUUGCGAUGCAUUGCCAGUCCCCUCCCAUCGCUCAUCGAGACUUGAAGGUUGAGAAUGUUUUGCUGGGGCCUGAUGGUUUAUGGAAAUUAUGUGAUUUUGGAAGUACCUCUACUAAUCACAAGAGGUUUGAAAGGCCUGAGGAAAUGGGAAUAGAAGAAGACAAUAUCCGGAAGCACACAACACCUGCCUAUAGAGCCCCCGAGAUGUGGGAUUUGUUCCUGAAAGAAGUCAUAAAUGAGAAGGUGGAUAUUUGGGCCUUAGGUUGUCUUCUCUUUCGCAUAUGCUACUUCAAGUCUGCAUUUGAUGGUGAAUCAAAGCUACAAAUUCUAAACGGGAACUACCGCAUUCCAGAUUUACCAAAAUAUAGCUCAUCCAUUAUAAGCCUAAUCAAUGAUAUGCUUCAGUCUUCACCAGAUGCCAGACCAGACAUCACGCAGGUUUGGUUUCGUGUUAAUGAUUUAUUACCAGAUGAUUUACAGAAAUCGUUACCCGAUAGACCCCCAGAGAUGCACCAACCAGGUACCGACGUGCAUGAAGGGACUCCAAAACCUGUGACUAAAACUCAACCAACUCCUCGUAGGAGUCCACCACCCCCACCACAAUCAGAACCUACAAGGAGUGCAUCACCCACACCAGUUAACAAUUCCAAGGACAGUGGAGGGGCUCUUGGUGCUUUCUGGUCCACUCAGCAUGCUAAGGACUCACUUAUUGCGGAGGACCAAAAAGGGCCCAAAUUUGAUGACGACGCAUCAAGACUUGAUCAGGGUCAUCCAGAGAGGCAGGUUUUUGGCCAUAAUCCUAGCCCGCCAAAAAAUGUGCACGUAAAAUCUGUCAGCCGAACUGAGGAAGGAGGCCCUUCCAAGGACUUUGAAAUAAAAUUUUUCAAGGAGGAUUCAGGUCAUAUCAGCGGAAGGAAAAAAACGGCAAACCCUGAUAGCAAAUCUGCUUUCCCAAAUGAGGCGUUCAACACUUUUGUUGCUGAAUUUGACAACAAUAAAGUGAGCCCAGGAAUCGAGAGUAAGAAAUCAUGCCAUGAAGAAGAGUUGGCAGCUGAGGUAAAGAGGCUUAAAGAAGAGUUGAAGCAAGCUAAUAUGGAAAAGGCUGAAAUAACCUCCAAAUAUGAAAAGCUUUCUGCCAUUUGCCGAACUCAGAGACAGGAGAUACAAGAGCUCAAGCAAGAUCUUGCUGCUAGAACCCAAUCACCAAAUAGAGAAGCUUCAAAAGACCAAACAUCUCCUUCAUUUCAACCUAAAGUCACCCCAACGCAAAGCGAGAAACUUGAAGGAACUGUUUGGGAACUUCAACAAGGAUUAUUUGGCAAUACUAGCUCAAGUCCAGAAUCUAAGCAAUGGCAGGCUUUCGCUGAUAAUCCCAAGCCGCAACCAAUGUCUAUGAAUGAUACUCCUAAAUCUGUUAGGACAAGGAAUGGUAACCAGAACAAACCAGCUACUCCAUCACAUUCAGGCAGCGACAAAUGGGGUUUUGGAACAGAUAACUUCACAGCAGUUCCUACCUCCUCUCCUAUUUCCAGACCUGGUAAUGAGUUUAGUUCUCAGCGCUUUGGCGAGCCAAAGAACAUAGAGAACAAGUCGGCUUCUCAACCUGCUGGAUGGGCUGGUUUCUGAUGUAUGCUAUCUGUGGGAAUUGGAGUUGUGUUAUUCAAUCUUUACGGGCCUGUGAACAUAUCAAGAGCAUUUUUAUGCGGAGAACUAGUUGGUACAUGGAUUGACUUGAUGGGAAGAGUUUGCUAAUACUUGUAGAUCAUCAUCUUUCUGAUUACAGUAACAUUUGAGCCUGCCAUCAUGUGCUAAAAUUACCUUUGGUGGUUCUUUCUAUAAUAAACUCAUAGUGACUUCAUAUUUUCUUUAUAUUCUACACUUCUGCAUCAAUAUAUUAUUUUUGUGUUCA